AUGAAUACUUUGCUUACCUUCGUGCUCUGCGGUUGCGUCUUUCUUGUGAUCGCCCUCUGGGGAGCCAUCAUCGGAUGGCUGUACAUGAGAAAGCUGCGUAGGGUGCAGAAGCAGCGAGAGCUGCUGCGCCAAUGCCCCCAGGCCGAGCCGUUUGAGCCGCCAGUGCCGUUUCCGGAAGUGGUAGAAGCCUCUGUAGUAUUCUCCGGCCACCAGGAGGCGCAGCGCUGCGCCGAGGAGGGAGGUUUUGUUCUUACGCGUGUGCGGAGUGAGAUGCUGACCGCCAACAGCACCCUUUCGCUGGAUCAUUUGGGUAUCGGCGAAGCUGCAGAAGACGGGAAUCAUGUCCCGCACGCACAAACACCCUCUCUGUUGCGCGGCGUGCCUGUNAACCGUCGUCGGCUUUCGGUGCCUAAUGUGGCUGUUGAGGACUGUGGCGUCCGCCCUCCUGUGGGGUUGAUGUACCGUCUGCGGCGUGCAAGCACCGUCUACGGCUGUGCGGAGUACAUAUCACGUGGUGUCGGCAGCACGACACGGGUGGAAGUGGCAUGA